AUGGCGGACCGGCGGAGCAAUGGCGGCUCGCCCCCUCGCUGGAGCUUCGCGUCUCAAAGCAGCCAUUUUGCGGCGAUGAUGAGAGGAGGAAGCUACGCGCCCCCGAGCCUCUGGCGCCCGUCGGCGGUCGGUGGUGCCGCCCUGUCAGUGUCCACACCGCCGCUGGCAGCGGUUGUGGCCUCAGCGCCCGCCGAGAAGAACAAGAAGAACUUCGCCGCGGACUUCCUGCUGGGCGGGGUGUCGUCGUCGGUGUCCAAGACCGUGGCGGCGCCGAUCGAGCGCGUCAAGAUGCUGCUGCAGAACCAGGACGAGCUGAUCCGCACGGGAAGGCUGUCGGAGCCGUACAGGGGCAUCGGCGACUGCUUCGGCCGCACCGUCCGGGACGAGGGCGUCCUGUCGCUGUGGCGCGGGAACACCACCAACGUGAUCCGCUACUUCCCCACGCAGGCCCUCAACUUCGCGUUCAAGGACUACUUCAAGGCGCUCUUCAACUUCAGCAGGGACAGGGACGGCUACUGGAGGUGGUUCGCCGGGAACAUCGCCUCGGGAAGCGCCGCGGGGGCCACGUCGCUGCUCUUCGUCUACUCCCUCGACUACGCCAGGACGCGCCUCACCAACGACUACAAGGCGGCGGCCGCCAAGGGCGGCGGCGAGAGGCAGUUCACGGGCCUCGUCGACGUCUACCGGAAGACGCUCCGGUCCGACGGCGUCGCGGGGCUCUACCGAGGGUUCAACGUCUCGGUGGUCGGGAUCGUCGUCUACCGGGGCCUCUACUUCGGCAUGUACGACUCCUUCAAGCCCGUCCUGCUCACGGGGAAGCUGCAGGACAACUUCUUCGCGAGCUUGGCGCUCGGAUGGAUGAUCACCAAUGGCGCCAACCUCGCCUCUUACCCGCUCGACACUGUCCGGAGAAGGAUGAUGAUGACCUCGGGGGAGGCCGUCAAGUACAAGAGCUCCAUGGACGCCUUCGCCCAGAUCGUCAGGAACGAGGGCCCCAAGUCGCUCUUCAAAGGCGCCGGCGCCAACGUCCUACGCGCCAUCGCCGGCGCUGGCGCGCUUGCCGGCUACGACCAGCUGCAGCUCAUCUUCUUUGGCAAGAAGUACGGCUCAGGUGGCGCCUAA